CUCCACCGAAAAGAAGAAUAAUGAGACAAACGACAAAUGUCACCAACGAGACAAUUAACGUAGAACUGAUAACUGCGUCACCAGCUGCUCGCCCUUGGGUACUGACUGAGGCAUCUUACCAAGGCAGUCAGCUCAGCCUCCUGGGAGUCAGAGCUCAAUAAGAUGUGCACUCUUGAUGGCUGCCUUUAACAACCCCCAACAAGAACUAAGAUGGACACAGGUGGUCGCCUGGACGUGUGGGUAGAGAGGUGGGCAGAAGGUAGAACAAGAUGGCAUAACAAGGAUGUUAACUUCUCCCUGGUGCACCAUGGUACCUUGUUGCUGGAAUACCCAGGGCGCCGGGUACUGGUGCCCCUCUGUGGCAAGUCUGUCGACCUUAAGUGGUUUUACGAUGAAGGACACACGGUUGUUGGAAUUGAAGCGGUUGAACAGGCAGUAUUGGCAUUUUUUUCUGAACAACACCUCACCUAUACUACAGAACAGUUGACUUGGGGAAAAUUGUUUAAGACACAUGAUGGGAGGCUUAGUGUCUUCUGCUGUGACAUUAUGAAAGUAGAUGCAACACACUUAGGGAAGUUUGAUGCUGUGUGGGACAGAGGAUCUUUAGUUGCUUUGGAUGAAGAAGACUGGAAAGGCUAUGCUGAGAUAAUGAAAUCCAUGCUGGCGUCAGACUUUCGUUACUUGCUGAGCAUUACUCAGUAUACACCUAAUGAGCUCUUCAGUGGACCUCCAAGCAAUGUACCAACUGAAGUGGUGGAACAACUUUUUGGUGAUGUGUGCAGUCUGAAGGUACUAGAGACAGUCAAGUGGCCUGCAGAGGAUGAGCGACUUGCUAAAUGGCACCUGGAUUAUAUGGCUGAAUUGGUGCUUAUUCUUACUCCGAAGAGUUAACCUGUAGUCUAAUGGUGCAAAAACUGUGAAAAUGCAUUUAAGGAUAAACAAGAGAAAGCAAGGAAACUGAGGACCCUGUCAGUGGCUUACCAAUUAGAUUGCUACUGUCCCUCUCAGAAGAGGUUGCAUUUACCCUGCUGUAAUGUAUUUCAGUUUUUUCAUUCCUGAAAUUGUAAUAGAUGUUAUGGGAAUACUGAAAAGUUGUAGUUGAUAAAGACACACACAGCA